AUGCCAAAUAACGAUACAAAUAAAAGCCAAGAAAUGGAAAUUGAAACUCAACAAUCAAAAUUAACUGGUCUGUUCAGUUGCUUUCAAGGAAGUACAGUCUACAAUAUACCCACAAAUAAUCGUUUUUCACCAAUACAACCAAUACAAACACCUUCAAAUGAAUCGAAUCCAAAUGAAAAUGAGGAAACGGGUGACAAUCAGAACGAAGAAACAAAUGAACAAACACCAAAUCAAAAUAAUAAAAAAUUAAAAUCGCCACCACCUAUCGUCUUUCAUCAAACAGUCACAGAUCAUAAAAGGUUCACUGAAACCAUUAAAACAACUGUAAAAAAUGGCUUUCACAUUAAAUAUAAUAAACAAAAUACAAAUCUAUUCAUUCACGACCGAAAUGAAUACGAACACUACCUUCUCGAUUUAGCAAAAGAAGAAGGAAAAAUAGCAUACCAUACUUACACGAGUAAUCAUCCGGCCAAUUCCACCAAAUGUCCGGAAUACAUAAAAAAAAUAGAACAAAUGCAAAAACGUCAGGCCAAUCUAGCCACAUCCUCAAGAGGACCGGCAAAAACUGCAAGAUACAUCUCAGCCCCGAUGCCAUCAAUUAAUCCAUGGAACAAUGGUAAACCCUCAACAACUAAUCAAAACCCCUCACCCCCCACACAACAACAACAAGCAACGACAAACAACACGCCAUUCAACAAUCUGGAAAAUGUAGAAAAUAUAGUGGGAAAAGACACAUUAAACAGUGAAACGGACACAAAAAAUAGUGAAGUGAACAUAUUAAAUAGUGAAAAAGACACAACAAAUAGUGAACUGAACGCAAAAAAGUGUGAAACGAAAAUUAACGACAGUGAAAAAGACACAAAUAAUAAAGGUACAGUAAACAUUAAACUAAAUCAAGUGAAUGUUGAAAACAAUAAUACAACAACGACAACCGAAAUGAUCGUUGAUGACAACACAACCAAAAAUAUGGAUUUAAGCUCAAUGUUCGUCAAGCCAUCGACCUCAAGGGGAACCGGCAAGCCCACACCAAAACCCCCAACAAUACCGCUAAAAAACCGAUUUGCGCCUUUAGAAAACGAUGAAAAUGAAGAAGACGACGACAAUGACUCAAUUGAACUGGGUCAAAACAAACCAAAAAAGCCACCACCACUUGUUAUACACGCCAAAACUACCGACCACAAAACAUAUGUAAAAUCACUCGAAAACGAAAUAAACAAAGGAUUCCACAUCAAAUACACCGCAAACAACACAAACUUGUACAUUUAUGAUCAUGAAGAAUACAAAAAGUACAAAGAAAUUCUAAAUGAAGGCAAAGUGGAAUACCACACAUACACCCCAAAAGCGGACAGAAAACACGCCUUUAUCUUAAGAGGGCUAGACAACAGCACUGACACCGAAGAAAUCAUCGAAGAUCUAGAAGAAAAAUAUAAAUUAAACGUCGAAAAGACUGAACCACAGACGAGUAAUACAAACAAUCAAACCCGACAUCAACAAACUAAACAAGGUGAUAAGACAAAAAAUAAGGCAACAGUUGAAUCAGCAAUGGGAAGACACCCUUAA